UCACAAAAGUCAUGUCGACUAACUCACUUGAGCCAAGAAUUAUUAUUCCUCGUUGAAAGGGUUUUUGCAUUACAAAAGAAACUCAGCAAUUAGUUUAUGUGCCACACAUUAGGCAAUCGCAUAAAACGGUGCGCUUGGCCUCGCUGCACUUUUAGUGCAAUUUCAACAUUCGACCAGCGAGUACCUCCGGCGCUUUGCAGAAAACGCGUUUUUUAAGCAUUGAAUCACAAACAUAAUAAAAAGAAAGCGACAUAAUGCCCACAAAAUCGGUGCACAAGUGGAUGUCGGACGAAAUGGCGCGUCUAUCGACGAAAUUCGCACGCUACAAGCCUAGCUGUAACGGCUACAACCGGAUACAGCCGGUGCUGCUGUCGCGCAGCGUCACCCAGAUGCUGAACAAUCCAUUGCCGGUGGAAGAUCAAAUCGGCAGCACUAUGACGGCGGCGAGUCAACAGCAGUCGCAACAGAAACAACAGCAAGCACACGGGCGUCCCAAAGGCGUAUUGAGUCGCUCGGAAGCCGAAUGGGAGGAGGUCUAUCCGACCGUGCAGUUCGGCCGCGGUGAACAUUGUGAAGCGGAUGGAAAGAAGGCGGAACGAAAAUUCGCUUACUAUCGCAACUGUUCGACAAGGAUAAUUUAGAAUCGGAAAGGAUAUGCUACAUAUGCAUUUAUAUGCAUACAUAAAUGUACAUAUGUAUAUAUGUAUGUAUGUAUGUAGUAAGAGCAAUGCGUUUUUAGCACUGCCGCUUUUCAUUGUGUAAAUAUUUAGUAUUAAUUUUUGCAAUGUAGAAUUUUUGCAAAAAGAAUUCAUUUAUAUUUAAAUGUGGAAAUUUAAUAAAAAAAACAAAACACAAGAAAAUCAAAUAUAAAAAAAUAAAAAGAGUUUCAUAAGG